CUGUAUGCCCCGCCACAUGGAAGUCUAGAGCCCUGCUCUAAUUUGCCAGGACAAACCUGUGAGUUUUCUUGCAACAAAGGGUACAUUUUGAUGGGAUCAAGAAAAAGAACAUGUAACAGUGAUGGAACUUGGACUGGAACUCCGACUCAGUGUAAAGCAACAUUUUGCACUCCACCUUGUCUGUUGGUAUCAAAUACAACUGAUAUAGUAGCAGUGGACCAUGAAAAAGCAAAGGUAACCUCAAUGAUUCCAGGCCUUACAAGAGCUGUUGCUAUAGGCGUCCAUUUCAGCCUGGGCUUCAUAUUUUGGAGUGACGUGACAGAACGGAACAUCAAACGAUUUCGGAUUGAUGAGGCAAACACGACUACAAUCAUAACCAAUAUUGGUGUCUGCGAUGGACUAGCCGUUCAAUGGAGAACAUCUCAGUUGUAUUGGACUGAUACAACGUAUAAUAGGAUAUCGGUAUCAGACCUGGAUGGAAACAACCAACUUACUUUAAUUUCCUCGGCAUUGGAAGAACCCAGAGCCAUAGCCCUUGAUCCGGACAACGAUGCAAUGAUUUGGACUGACUGGGGAAGCGCUCCCAAAAUUGAAAAAGCUUCCCUGAGCGGACAGCAAAGAGUCGCCAUCGUAACAACAGAAGUCUACUGGCCGAAUGGAAUUGACCUCGACAGAGGAGGAAAAAGAGUCUUUUGGGUAGAUGCCGGUUAUGACAGAGUGGAAUCGGUCGACUACAGUGGUAACAACAGGUCACUGCUUUUUCAGAUGCGUAGCGUACAUCCAUUCGGAGUGGCGUUGAUCCCUCCUUUCCUGUUCUUUACUGACUGGGUGACAGACAGGGAGCUGCACAUGCUGGACGCUACAACCGGAGAUUUACUCAAAAGUUUCAGUAUUAAUGGUGGGCGACCUAUGAGAAUUGUUGCAUACGACAGUGGGCGACAAUCAGCAGCUCCAGGUCCUUGCUCUGUAAGCAAUGGAGGAUGCAGUCAUUUCUGUGUUCCAAAGGCGUCUAACCAUGAAUGCGUGUGUCCUACGGGCCUAUCAGUAAAGCAAGAUGGAAAGACGUGUGAAGAAAAAGUAAAGAGGUUUAUCCUUUUUGCUGACGCCGACGACAAAUCAACAAAUAUCAUUUCACUGGAUGUUAGCUACUUCGUCGCUCAAACACUAUUCAACCAUAUAGGAAAUCAGCGUCCUGUCGCUUUGGACUAUGAUCCUGUCGAAGAUCGCGUGUACUGGUCGGAUGUUGCUCAAGGUCUAAUCGUCAGCGCUUUUACCAAUGCAACCUCAUUGAAGAUCCUUUUUCGUUGUAAUAUCCUAAGCCCCGAGGGUUUAGUAAUUGAUCAUGUAGCACGGAACAUUUACUGGACCGAUACUGGAACUAAUAGAAUUGAAGUAGCGCGUCUUGACGGAUCAGGUAGGAAAGAAUUGAUCAAUACUGGACUUGAUGAACCAAGAGCCAUUAUACUGGAUGAAAGAAAUGGUAUGAUGUAUUGGACGGACUGGGGCGCCAAUCCGAAGGUAGAGAAAGCAGAAAUGGAUGGCUCGGGUAGAAGGUCCAUUGUUACGGCAAAUCUAGCCUGGCCAAACGGACUUACCCUGGACCAGGCUACAAACCAUUUGUUCUGGGCGGACGCGAAACUAGACACUAUAGAGAUGUCUGAUCUGGAUGGAGGAAACCGACAGACUGUUUUACCAUCUACAGCUGGAAUUCAUCCUUAUGGAUUAACAAUGUAUCAGGACAUUAUUUAUUGGACAGAUUGGAAUAGCCAGAGUGUUACAAGUUAUAAUGCAACUAGUGGUCAGAUGAACGUGGUUAUUACUGAUCUACAGAAGCCGAUGGAUAUUCACGUGUUUGAUCCUUCCUUGAUAUUCUCAGGUAAAAGUACUGCCUCUUUCUUAUCUUCUCUGAGUUAGCAGAUAUUCACAUUGGCAAUCGCUAACGGCCGGAUAUGUAUACUAGAAAAAGUCUCACUCAAGUAAUCAUUAGACCGGUACGUUUUUUCUCAAACAAGCGACGAACUUUUUUUGCUCUUCGCCGAAGCGAAUCAUGGUGAAAUUUACAAGGUUCCUUUAGCAGUGGCGAACACACCUUGCUAUCUGCUUCAAAUCAACAGAAAUAUCUCCAGGCCCGUGGCUGUUGACUACGACCCAGUUGAGGGUAAAAUCUAUUGGACAGAUGUGACCCUGAAACUGUUGGCAAGAGCAUUUCCAAACGGAUCGUCAGUUGAGAUCAUAGCGCACACUGACGUGAUAACACCAGAUGGCCUUGCCGUAGACUACAUCGGAAGGAUUCUCUACUGGACUGAUACUGGAACUAGCAAACUUGAGGUAGCGCGACUAGAUGGAUCAUUUCGGAAAAGCCUUAUCACAACAGGGAUUGAAAAUCCAAGAGCUAUAAUUCUAGAUAUACCUGAGAGACAAAUGUACUGGAGUGAUUGGGGAUCAUCACCAAAGAUUGAGCAAGCUAACAUGGAUGGGUCUGCCAGGACAGUUAUUGUAAGCUCUGGACUUGUCUGGGUUAAUGCACUUGCUCUAGAUUCGCAGAAUAAGCUGCUGUAUUGGUGCGAUGCAAAACUCGAUAAGAUAGAAAGGGCAAACCUUCAAGGAAAUAACCGAGAACUACUUCUAGAUUUGUCUUCUUACAACCAUCAUCCCUUUGGACUUUCCCUUUCUGGUGACACUCUCUACUGGUCUGACUGGAACAGUCAGAGUAUUCAUAAGUACAAUUUGACAUCUUCUCAAAGUGACGUGUUGGUCUAUGGAAUGGGAAGGCCGAUGGAAGUGCAUGUUUAUGAUCAGGCAAAAACAAUCACAGGAUCAACAAGCUGCUCUCAACUAAAUGGAGGCUGUAGUCAUCUUUGUCUUCCAAAUCCGAGUGGACAUCAAUGUUUUUGUCCAGAGGGAGUUCAGCUGAAGCCUGGUAAUGCCUUUAUUUGUGAAGGAGCUUCCAUUCGACCGUUAGCUCAGUUGAGCAUUGGAGUCUAUUUUAUAAUAUAUUCAGCUUCAGACGCCGAUGGAAACAGAGCUAACUGCACCUUCGUGGUGAAAGUUGCGAGGAAAUCCUGCGUUACACUUCAGCCACCAUCACAUGGAAGUUUGGGCCUUUCCUGUGGCUUUUCAUUUGGUUCCCAAGCUAAUUUUAGUUGUGACAGGGGAUAUCAGUUAAUCGGGUCUCGAGAGCGUUUUUGCAAAGAGGACGGCUCCUGGUCAGGAAACACCUCUACAUGUAAUAUUGUGAGGUGCCAAGCCAUUGAGCCUCCAUCUCAUGGAACUGUUUUUCCAAAUUCGUGCAGAUCAGUUUUUGGUGUUUAUUAUAAAACCCAGUGCUUUUUAUCGUGCAACGAUACCCCUGGUUACCGACUGGUAGGCGAAAGUAGCGUAUCCUGCCUCGAAAGUGGAUCGUGGAGUGCGGAUACAACAAAGACGAUUUGCAAGGACGUCCAACCUCCUAGCAUUCAAUGCCCACCUAACCAAGAACUAUCCACAGAAACUGGUCAAUCGUACGCAAUAGUGACGUGGGAGGUACCAGUCCCUUCCGACAACUCCAACAUGUCACUAAGUCUGAAAGGUUUGCGCCCACCUCAGCAGUUCUAUGUUGGUAGACAUUAUGUUAGAUAUGAAGUCACAGACACCGCUGAGUUGUCAACAAGCUGUACAUUUUCUAUUAACGUUAAAGAUGUAGAACCUCCGGUCAUUGUUUCUUGCCCCGACGAUAUCUUCCUUUCGUCUGGAAAGAGGGAUAAUACGAUCUUUUUUCCUGGAGUCACAGCAACGGAUAAUGUGGGAGUGUUCUCCAUUUCACUUAGCAGACCAAAUGGAAGCGAAUUCACUUGGGGCGAGCAUAAUGUAACCUGUAUUGUAACUGAUAAAGCAGGAAAUGUUGCCGAAUGCAAUUUCAAAGUUAUUAUUACCGAUGAAUCAUGCCCUGAUCUACCACCACCUGAGAACGGCGCUAAGGCUUGUGAGAUGUGGCUGACCGGGGUGUUCUGUACCGUGCAUUGCAAUGAAGGUUACGGGUUCGUUGAACAACCGGAAGAUGUGUAUUUCUGUACUCCGGGAGGAACAUGGAUGAACGCAUUUGUAAAUGGCCAAAAAGCACCUGCUUUUCCAGACUGCUCAAAGACGUAUAUGCCGAAAGAGGCCAUAGUGAAUGGAGACCUCCAUUACCUAGUUGAUGCGUGUGGCGACGAAGCAGUGAGCGAAGUUAUCGCCAGCAACUUCAUACAGCUAUUACAGAACUCAGUUUUUGGUAGCGCUGGAGCCUGUAAUAGUCAGUGCACAAUCGAUAAUGUCGAGGUAGAAUGUGGAGAAACAGGGACACGCAGGAGAAGAGAAACGCCCAAUGUUCCUCUCACGAUGCGUUUUGCUUUAAAAGUUCCUCUACCAGUCAACGCUUCCUUGGUUGACCUGAAUGAAACCGCAGAACUACUAUCCAAUGACUUAUUAUCAACAUUAAACGAAACUGACCUGAAUCUGAACAUCAGUGGAAUUGUUAUAAAGUAUGACACUUCGAGAGCACCACAGCUUCGCCUUGUGAGUCUCGUUUGUGGCAAAGGACAAGUUCAAAGAGGGACGCAUUGCGUUAACUGUCCACUUGGCUUUUACUUUACUGAAAACGAUUGUCGAGCAUGCCCAGAAGACCAAUACCAGGACCAAGAAGCGCAGAGCUCUUGUAUAUUGUGUCCAUCUGGUACGGUAACCUUUGGAAAAACAGGAUCAAAAUGGCGAAAAAGUUGCCAAGAAAUUCCAAGUAUGUCCAGUGAUGAAGAACAAAGCGGCUUAAAGCCAGUAACUCUUUAUUCAAGUAUUGCAGCAGGAUCUGUACUGUUUAUUAUUUCCCUGAUUAUCAUCGCCAUCUUCUACGGAAAGAAACAUCGUCGUGGCGUGCGCAGGACAGCCGCCAACCGGGGUAUAGACAUGGGGCAUCGUAAUCCCGUAUACGAAUUUGCCGGAGAUGACCCUCAAGUCGAUGAUCCUGUCUAUAUGGAGAUCGAUGUUUCUAAACUACGUACCAGCAAUGAUUUGCCGUUAAACAACAAUACGGACUACUUCGCUUUAAAAGACGUACAUCAAAACGAUUACGAAAGACUUGAAUUCACUUACUCCGAGGCAUGA